AUGAAGGCCGCACGCGCCGUGCGGAUACCCCGCGCCCAGGGCACUGCUACACGGGCCAACAAGCGCCUGGUGAGCGGUACCAGCAACGCCAAAUCGUCAGUCGCCGCCAGUACCUUGCUUCACCCACUAUCGCCAUCCUCCACCGCGUCGCCACCUCGGAAGGCACUGAACGCACCUCUCUCCAAACUCCCUCUCUCGUCGGUUCUGCGGUCUUUGUUGAUCCUCUCCGUCUCAUCUUCGUCUCUUUUGCUCAAGCCAUGCAUCUUUGCUCUCUCUCGUCUGGCCCACCCUCGCUCAGCUCUGUGGGAUGUAUCCAAGAACCCGCUGCUGAAUAUGCUCGUGAAGCACACUAUUUACAAGCAGUUCAACGCCGGUGAGAACAAAGCCGAAGUGCAAAAGUCAAUCGAGAAUAUCAAGGGCUUGGGAUGCCGUGGUGUGCUUCUGGGAUAUGCCCGCGAGGUUCUGGUCGGCGAGAACCAGGAGGCCACUCGUGAUGAGAAGGCCGCUCUCGCAGAAAUCCAGAUGUGGCUCGACGGUACUCUCCGCACUGUUGAUAUGGCCCAAGAGGGAGACUUCGUUGCUCUGAAGUUCACCGGAAUGGGAACUGAUGCCCUCAACCUGCUGCAGAAGGAGGCCGCUCCCACUGAGUUCAUGGAUGCAUCAAUCCAGAAGGUCUGCGACUUGGCUAUCUCUCGCCGUGUGCGCCUGCUCGUUGAUGCUGAGGAGCAGGCCGUGCAGCCCGGUAUUGAGGCUUGGAUCAUGAAGUACCAGAAGUACUGCAACUCGCAGACUCCCGGGCGUGCUAUCUUCUAUGGUACCUACCAGGCCUACCUCCGCUCGACUGGCGAGACUCUGGCCCGUCACUUGGAGACUGCUCGCCUGGAGGGAUACACUCUGGGUGUGAAGCUCGUUCGUGGUGCCUAUAUGAAGACCGAACCCCGUCACUUGAUCUGGGCCAAGAAGGAAGACACCGACCGCUGCUACGACGAGGUCGUCGAAGCUCUUCUGACUCGCAAGUACAACUCCAUGCUGCAGCAUCCCUCGAAGGAUACCCCCGCUGAGCUGCCCCCCGUGAACGUUAUCAUCGCCACCCACAACCGCGAAUCCGUGCGCAAGGCCCAUGCUAUCCGGGUCCAGCAGGCUGCCAAGGGUGAGGACUAUGGUGUUGAUCUCAGCUAUGCCCAGCUCCAGGGUAUGGCGGACGAGGUUAGCCUCGAGCUCCUCCAGGGCUUUGAGAGUGCCGAGGCCGACGCUGGCAUGACUCCCGCCGCCGCUCCUAAUGUCUUCAAGCUUCUGACCUGGGGUUCCGUCCAAGAGUGCAUGGGUUUCUUGCUGCGUCGCGCUGUCGAGAACACCGAGGCUGUUGGCCGUACCAAGGACUCUCAGAUCGCCAUGAUCGAUGAGCUUAAGCGCCGCUGCCGUAACGUUUUCGGUGGUAGCAACUAA